UUCACCACAACAAGAAAAUGUGAACACAAGCCCUGCCAUGUAAAGACGACUCGACUCAAGGCGCCCCACAUAAAUCAGUACCUUAGACAGCGACACGCGGCCGUUAUCAGCAUCUCCAACCCAGCGGAAAGCACACAGUCCACUGCACUCGGCUGUCCUACCAGAGCGCAACCAAGGCAUGCAGUUCCGUGAAUGACGAUUCUCUCUAUCAGAGCGCAAUGGGUUUCAGAAGCGCUGCUAUUAAUGAUAUACUUAAUUAACUAAUUGCGUCUUCCAUACUGAUGCUAUUCAUUCUUCUAGCCAGUAUGGUAACAGUAUCGAUCGUGGGAGGACCAACGCGAGUGGCAGGUGACGAGGGUUGUAACAGCCUUGUUGGACUGAGAGCCUGAGAGCCUGAGAGCCCUAUCACAUUCACUUCACUACCAAGUCAGAGAAGAUCACAAGCGUCGCGUCGGAAGUGAAUUGACAGGUUAGACACACGAUGGGGAUAAGGCACCUUUUGCUGCUCCUCAUAUACCUGGAUCCCCUGAGCGUUCUCUGCGCCGGGACAGGAGGCAAGAAGAUGAAACCCGUGACCAAGCGGACUCCCAAGGCGAAAGACACCAACAUCACCGCGGUGAUCCCCACCGCUGCGCCGCAGAAGAAUACGACCAAGGACUACGAUACGUGCACGGGUUACUACGAUGUGAGCGGACAAUUUGACAGAGAGUUUGCGUGUAACAACACGGUUCACCGCUACUGCUGCGGGUCCUGCUUCCUGCGGUUCUGCUGCCAGGAAAAAGAAAAACGAGUGGAUCAGUCAAGCUGUAAAAACUACAACAAGCCGGACUGGGUGAAAACGCCCCCCCCGUCGCCAGCCUCGACGGGACAGCCUUUUGACCCGAGUAUGGACCAGACGAACACUGCGGUGUACAUCACCUGUGGGAUCAUAGCUUUUAUUUUAGUGGUGGGAGUUUCGGCUAAAGUUGCCUAUGACAAAGCCACAGAGCCUCCUCAGGAAAUGAAUAUCCAUAGGGCCCUUGCAGACAUCCUGAGGCAACAGGGGCCCAUUCCCAUAUCGCAAUAUGACUGUGAGAACUUUUCAGCCAUGAACGGCUCUCCCAAAGACAACACUCCUCAACAAACCUCCUCCAAGAACCACUACACCCCUGUCCACCAGUCCAAGUCCAACCACGCCUGGGACUCCAUGCAAGAUCUCACCUCGUGGAGUUGCAAUGACCAUGAGAACGGUGAGGAAUCAGUCCAGAACUACACGGGAGGAUCUUGUCAAUGA